UGAAAAAUUUAUAAAUAUUAAUUUAAAAAGAAAGUGUUUGUAAUUUGCAAUAGUGUUUUUGUAUUCUUCUUCUAGUAAUCCAUUAAGAAUCUCUGCAAUUGCAAAAGAAUUAUGGAAACGUGUAAAAAGCAAAAAAGUUAUAAGAAACUGUUCUUUCUGCCGUAUUGUCUCAUUGUUUUCUUUUUCAUAAAACCAAAGUGUUAGUGAACAACCAGUGAUAUCCUGAUUGAAGUAUGUAAAUCAGGAAAAACAGACACUUCAAUCUAUAAUGCUACUGUUUCAAGAAGUGACGCACUCUAUGCAGAACUUUAGUAUUGAGAAAAUGUUUAGUUUAAGCUGAUACAACAACAACAGUUUUAUAAAAACCACUAGAAAACUUAAUGAAACUGUACCCACUAGUCCUAAAUGGAAUGGAAUAAGACUUAAAAAAUAAAGGACAUAACACCAUGUUAUUCAACAACAAUAACAAUACAGGUUAAAUUUUCACCACCGCAGCCAAAUUUGUUAAGUUUUUGAAUAACAAUGACAACAACAACAUCGGUUCCUACAGAUACCAAUAGUAAACAGGAUCCUAAUAUAAACAAUAACAAUAAUAGCAAUACUACACCAAAUAAUAAUAAUACUAUAACCACCAACGGAACAACAGCAACAACUGGCAAUACAACUAACAUUAUGGAUCCAGCAACUUUGGCAACGAAUUGUGGUGCUGCUGCUGCUGUACCGGCUGCCAGCUCUACACCAAUUGCCACAACAACAGUAAGCCCUUUAUCUACAAGCGCAACACAACGAGCUGUAACUAUAACCCCCAUUUUCAACUCUCUGUCCAAUCUAUACAAUUCACAAAAUUUUUCUCGCACUAUGCAGACCGAUGAAGACUUCAACAUACGCUUUGUGAAUCUGGUGAGAAAUCACAAGUGUUUGUAUGACAAAAAGGUGCCGGAAUAUAGGAAUCGUGAUAAUCAGGAGAAGGCCUGGUUGCAAAUAUCCAUAGAAACAAAAGAAAGUGUCAUACACUGCAAGGAACGUUGGCGAAAUUUGAGAGCUUGUUUGUCACGUUACAUCAAACAACAAAGUGGCUCGGAUCCUCAACACAAACCCUAUUACCUUACCGAGCAUAUGGCUUUUCUCUUACCGUUUCUUAAAUCUACCCGAAACUCCUUGGAUGGCAACAAUAGUUUGGCUACCCUAUUUCAAUAUUCACAGCAACAACAACUUAAUCAACAAACCCAUACAAAUCCAGCUUCCUUGCAGGUGAUGAUACAACCAAAUUUUAAGCUGUCCCAAGAACAUCAGCAUUUGCAGGUUAAACAUUCUCUCUCGGACAAUGAUGACGAAGAAACCAUCGAUGCUUUUGAUCCCGCCAUAACGGCCAGUUUACAUGUACAGCAACAACAACAACAAAACCGUUCCUCGCCUGCUCUUAGCGAUACGGCCAGUGCAAAUACUAUGCAAAACUUUAUACCCGAUGUACAACUAUCCGAACUACGAACAUCUGAUGGUGUUCAAGAUAUCUCCUACCAAAACUCCAGCAUGCGUCGAGAUUCACACGACUUUGGUCACGAACCGAAACGCAUUAAAACUGAGUGCCAUGCCAGCGAAGCUACCACCACCGGACAACUGCAUAUGUAUGCCGGCGAACAAGCCGAUAUGGAGUUUUUCCGCAGCAUAUUACCGGACAUUGCGGGUCUGACGCCGCAACAGAAACGUAAACUUAAAAUAGGAAUUUUAGAAUUAAUCGAUGAUGUGGUCGAGCGGUUUCCACUCGAAAGAAGUACAAAUGCUAACGCAACUAGUCAAAACUUAAAUACACCGAAAACCCGACGAACUUCCUCUAGAGAUUGGCGCAAGUAAAGUUUUCGUUAUUGUUAGUUUUUUUUUAAACAAAUAUGGGGUAAAUAGAAACAAUUUAUAUAAGCAGAGCUGUGUUCAAAGUUUUGUUUUCUUGUUCUUUUAGUUUUUUUUAACCACAUUCUUCUGUAGAUAAAUGUAAUUCUUUCCAUUUAAAUGUUACUAGUUACAACAUACAAAUUGUCCUAUAAAAUGUAAUUUAUAUUUUAUAUAUAUAUCCAUAUCUAUAUUGAAUCGGCUCUGCAUUAUUAAAUGUUUGCUCAAGAAUAGUGUGUAUGUAGUAGUUGUAUUUAAAAAUGUUGUUUUUUUUCUUUAUUAAUACUUUUUUUUAAUUAUUUAGUCAAAAUAAUGUAAAUAAAAGAAAUUAUGUAAAAUGUUUUAAAAUAUUUAAAUGUGAUUUUUACAAUGAAGUUCAGAGAAAUUUUAUUUUAAUAAUUCUUGAAUCAAUUGUUGUGAGAGUAAGAGAUUUGAAAUCAAAUUUCUUUUAGUUUAAUUCUAGCUCAUCUAUAAUUCGUUCUAGACUUUGCUUUGUUGAGUUCUAGUUCAUUUCUAGACUUGUUGUAGUUCAGAUGUAGUUUAGUUCUAGUUCAGUGUUAAUGCAAUUCUAUAUUAGUUCCAUUUCAUUUCUUCAUUAAUUCUAGUCCAUCUCUAUACAAGUUCUAGUCCUAUUCUAGUUUAGUUAUAAUUCUGUUCAUAACCAAUUCUACUUCACCUCUAGUUCAUUUCUAUUUAGUUUAUUUAGUUCUAGUUCAAUUCUAAUUGAGUUCUAGACUAGUUAUAGUUAAGCUCUAAUACAGAUCUAGUUACUAGACUAGUUCAGCUUUAGUUAAUUUCUAAUUCAGUUCAAGUUCAUUCCCGUUUUAUUUUGGUUCAAUUUUAAUUCAGUUCAAGUUUAUAAAUCUUAGAAACCAAAAUAAAGAUUUUGAAAUUUCCAUUAUUUUCAAGUUUGCACUUCUCUAGUAAAAGUAAAACUAACUUUUAUUUAAAAUAAUGUUUUAAAAAUAAAUUUCUGAUUAUAUUUUCAUAAUAUGCUUAAAUAAAAGUCUAUUUGCAAUAGUGGUUUAAAUGAAGUAAAGAGGACUUUGUUAUUUUAAAUGCAGUUAAACUGUCGAAUUUCUUUCGUUUACAAAAAAAAAAAAAUAAAAUAGAAUAAAAUAGAAAUAAAAAAAA